ACGUAAUUUUGUAGUCCAUUUGACCUCAGAAGAAGCUGGAGAAUCCAUUUGCUGUUGUUAGCUAAGCUGCUAAAAGUUGUGUAACAGAGAAAACAAGAGGACACCGCUGUCGGGAGGUCUCUUGUAGCGGAGUGAAACAGAGGGUGUCCCCUAUUAAAGCCUCCGGUUCUUUGCUGAUUCAAAUCAUCCUUCGGCAGAAAUGUUCUCGCUGUCAACAUCGUUUCAGCCCCAGCAGAUGAUACUGCCCCUCAGCCAGCUGAUCAAUGCCCUCCACUCUCUGAAGAACUCAGCCACAGCCUCAGUCCAGACUCUGCACAAAGACAUCACUCCAGACCACAGUUCAGAGCCCAGUGUGAGCCUGAGGGAUCUCGGCCUGUCAGAGAUUAGAGUGAGUCAGCUGGAUGAGCUGGUCAGCAGGUUGCUGCCCACACCAGGACCAGAAGAGCCUCCUGCUGUUCCCUCGACAUGGAGGACAAGUCAUGUUUCUGCGGACAGCUUCUUUCAAAACAAGCAUGGGUUUUCACACAGAAGAUUGGGAGUUUUUGGCUCUCCGAUAUUCCACAGACAAUACUACAGUCCUCUAAAAGACGUCUGCUCAGAGCUACAUUUUUUACCUGUCUUAAUCCAGAGUCGAGGUUUUAAGACACUUAGGUCAAGGACCAGACGAGUGGACCCAGGCUACGAUGGCCCUGUGGAUUCUGAGCCUUACACACCAGCCUUCAUGAAGGGGUUGCUUCAGAGGGAAAAGGCAUCAGAGGCACAAUCUCUGGACCAAGUGAUGAAACAGAAGAACCUCCCAGAGAACCAGCAGGAGGCUUUCAAGACUGGUUUCACAGAGGGGUUCAUGAGGUCUCAGGCGUUCACUCAGAGAACACAAGACUCGCUGAGGAGAACCAGGCUCAUCCUGCUGGUCCUCCUACUUCUUGGUAUUUAUGGCUUGUCAAGAACCCCAUUUCUCUCGGGUAAAGGCUCCUUUUCUGAUGCUGUGAGGUUCCGCACCACAUCUGGUCUUGACUCGGCAGUCGACCCCAUCCAGAUGAAGAAUGUGACAUUUGAGCAUGUGAAAGGAGUAGAAGAGGCCAAGAAUGAACUGCAGGAUGUCGUUGAGUUUCUCAAGAAUCCCCAGAAGUUUACUGUACUGGGUGGAAAGCUCCCCAAAGGGAUCCUCCUUGUUGGUCCUCCAGGCACAGGAAAGACUCUGUUAGCCCGCGCUGUAGCCGGGGAGGCCGAUGUACCGUUCUACUACGCCUCUGGAUCAGAGUUUGAUGAGAUGUUUGUGGGUGUCGGUGCCAGCAGAAUCAGGAACCUUUUCAAAGAGGCAAAAGCAAAUGCACCCUGUGUGAUCUUCAUUGAUGAGUUGGACAGCGUAGGUGGAAAGAGGAUCGAGUCUCCUAUGCAUCCUUAUUCCAGACAAACCAUCAACCAGCUGCUGGCUGAAAUGGACGGGUUUAAACCAAAUGAAGGAGUCAUUGUUAUCGGUGCUACAAACUUCGCUGAAGCUUUAGAUAACGCUCUGGUGAGACCAGGAAGGUUUGACAUGCAGGUGACGGUCCCUCGCCCAGACGUGAAAGGACGCACGGAAAUUCUCAACUGGUACCUCUCCAAGAUUAAAGUGGACCCUGCUGUUGAUGCAGAGAUUAUUGCCCGAGGCACAGUGGGCUUCUCGGGAGCAGAGCUGGAGAACCUGGUGAACCAGGCAGCCCUGAAGGCAGCUGUGGAUGAGAAAGAGAUGGUCACAAUGAAAGACCUGGAAUUUGCUAAGGACAAGAUCCUCAUGGGCCCUGAGAGGAGGAGUGUGGAAAUCGACAAGAAGAAUAAAACGAUCACAGCCUACCAUGAGUCUGGUCAUGCUAUCGUUGCCUAUUUCACCAAAGAUGCGAUGCCCAUCAAUAAGGCAACCAUCAUGCCCAGAGGCCCAACACUAGGCCAUGUGUCCCUGCUCCCAGAAAAUGAUCGUUGGAGUGAGACGAGAGCACAGCUUCUGGCUCAGAUGGACGUAAGCAUGGGUGGCCGUGUAGCAGAGGAGCUCAUCUUUGGAGAUGACUACAUCACCACUGGAGCAUCCAGUGACUUUGAUGGAGCAACCAAAAUAGCAAAAAUGAUGGUGACGAGGUUCGGCAUGAGUGACAAGCUUGGCGUCAUGACCUACGGCGAUGUAACCAAGCAGAGCCCAGAGACACAAGCUGCUAUUGAACAAGAAGUCAGAGUCUUACUCAAGGACUCAUAUGAGCGUGCUAAAAACAUCCUGAAGACCUACAGUAAGGAGCACAAGACGCUAGCUGAUGCCCUGCUCAGAUAUGAAACUCUGGACGCCAAAGAGAUCCAGAUGGUGCUAGAGGGCAAAUCACUGGACCACUAGAUACCUCAGUAGUUAUUUUAGACACUUGUAUAUAUAUUAAGCUGUGCAAUUGUGCACAGGCCUUUUGGAGGCCUUGUAUUUCAUUUCUUUGUUUCCCUCUUAAGUUUAUUGUAAAGAUGACAUGAUUAAGUUAAACCCCUCUAUGGAUUUUAUUUUAUUAGGUUUGUUUUUUCCUGUAGAGAAGACUUGUUUUCAUAGCAAUUUUAAGCACUUCACAGGCUCAUUGAAUAAAAAGGAACAUUUCUUCAGGAUCCAAAAAUCUUUCAGGUUUCAUUGAAGUAUUUUAAGAUCACAUACUUCAGCAAUAGUUUUAUACAUCAGAUUGGAAAUUCUGUGGAGUAAUGAGGUAGAAUGAAUUCAACAAAGAUCAUGGUUAAUUUAAGUGACAUGUCUACAAUUCUGUGUCUCUCUUGAAUCUGUACAGACUUGUAAACACCGUAGGACCUUAAAGUACCUCAAUCAAGAAUGUACCAUUUCGCUGUAGCAAGGUACAGGUGAUACCCCUGUUCAGUGUUGAACAGUCGAUUUAGAGUUUUUCCUCUAAAUGAUGUCGUUCAGUUACAUCUACCUAAUGCUUUCUGUUUUGUGUGUUAUUUAUUUAAGUGCCCAAAGAUGUGUUCUCUCUUUCUGACGUUAGUGAUAGGCCUUCAUGAGGAAUUCUCAGCUCAUCUGUAACAGAUCAGUGAGGGUUAAUGUAAAUAUGUUCUGUAAACGUGUGAAGGGAUUGACAUUGUGCUUUCCUUUGAAGCUCAAAUAAAGGUUUCUUUUACUCAUGAA